UCUUCGGAUUUCAAUCUUGGAGGCCGGGCAUAUGCAAAGCUGGCGGUUAUGAAGAGCCAAUCAGACCGAUGCUUUAGUGACGCCGAUUGUAAUCUUUUAUUUGGUGAACUGAAAUUGCAUAAUUUGAUUGAGAAAGCUCUACAAUAUGGAUCAAAAGAUGCAUGGACACUUUCAGAAUGUGGACGCAUAUUGCGGUAUACAGACUUGGAGAAAGCAAUAUCGCUCCUUGAGAAAUCACUGGCCAUAAAGCGACAUUCAACUACUUUACAUCAUCUAGGCUUGUGCUAUGAACUAAAGGCUAAACAAAAAGCUAAAUAUGAAGCCAAAAGGGGGCAGCAUAGAUACGGAUCAAAUAUUAAGCAGAAAUCCUUAAGAUUUCAAAGUGAAAUUCACGAGUCGAUCGAAAAGAGAUGCGCUGUUCAAAAUAUUAUCUACAAUAGGGACGAUCCUUGUGUACUUAGAGCUAUUGAUUACUACAGGCAAGCAAUAGAUAUGCUAUAUGUCAACAGUCCAGCUCGAUUCAGUCUUGGGCUUUUAUUGAAAAAAUGUGAACGUUUUGAAGACGCUCUCCGGCAGUUUGACCAAAUCAUUGACCUGAAUUCAAGAAAAGAUGGGACCAGCAGUAAACAAAGUGGUGAAAAACAAGAGUAUCUUUUCACCAUGACUGAUUCUUAUGAACAGGCUGGACUUUGUCUUCUGGAGCUGGCA